AAAAGUCUUCUAUCGCUAGUUUCGGUUUCCGUAUGUUGAAGAUUUCAUUCACCGCUCCUGCUGUAAUCAAAUCUGCCGUUGUACUCGUACGUAGAGGUACUCCCAGUUUAUAUCGUUUAACGUUACGUUACAUGCAUCGAGUGACAGCAAUGGAUAAGCUAUUUAAAUGUAUCGACAAGAACGAAGAGAAAUAUGUUAAGUUAUUAGCAGAGAGCGUUGCCAUUCAGAGUAUCUCAGCAGAACCAGAAAAACGUGGAGAGGUUCGACGUAUGGUGGAAUGGACAGCCCAGAAAUUAAAAGGUAUUGGUGCUAGUUAUGAACUAAAAGAGUUAGGGGAUCAGACAUUACCAGAUGGAACUAAGCUACCUCUACCACCAGUUAUAUUUGCUCAUCUUGGUAGUGAUCCUAAAAAGAAAACACUGUUGGUAUAUGGUCAUCUUGAUGUUCAGCCAGCUAAAAAGGAAGAUGGAUGGGAUACCGAACCGUUUGUUUUAACUGAAGUCAAUGGUAAAUUAUAUGGUAGAGGUUCUACAGAUGACAAGGGUCCAGUCUUAGAUUGGAUUAACUGUAUUGAAGCUAUGCAAGAGAUUGGUAUGGAUGUACCCAUUAAUAUUAAGUUUGUGUUAGAGGGCAUGGAGGAAUCCGGAUCAGAAGGGUUGGAUGAACUUGUUAUGUCACAAACAGAUGGAUUCUUGAAGGGAACUGAUUAUGUUUGUAUAUCUGAUAAUUAUUGGCUAGGAAAAACGAAACCAUGUAUUACUUAUGGUCUAAGAGGUAUCUGUUAUUUUAUGUUAGAAGUGACGUGUGCUUCUAAAGAUCUACAUUCUGGUGUAUUUGGGGGAACAGUCCAUGAAGCAAUGACAGAUUUAAUCAAAUUAAUGGGUUCUUUAGUAGAUUUAAAUGGAAGAAUACUGAUUCCUGGUGUUUGUGAUAGUGUGAAAGCGCUUACUCCAGAAGAAAGUCAGUUAUACGAACCUAUUGAAUUUGAUCCAGAUGAUUAUAAAAAAGAUAUUGGAGCCACGAAAUUGAUUCAUUCUACGAAAGCUGAAACACUGAUGCAUCGUUGGAGAUAUCCAUCCCUCUCCCUUCACGGAAUUGAAGGAGCUUUCAGUGAAAGUGGUUGUAAAACUGUCAUACCUAAAAAAGUCAUUGGUAAAUUUUCAAUCCGUUUGGUACCAGAUCAAGAACCAGCAGAAAUAGAAAAAUUGGUCCGAGAACAUAUCAACAGAAUACACACAGAAUCAAGCAGUCCAAAUCCAGUCAGGUUAACUAAUGCCCAUGGUGGUCGACCUUGGGUCAGUGAUUUCAAUGAUCCCAAUUAUGUAGCUGGACGUAAAGCCAUGAAAACAGUAUUUGGUGUUGAACCAGAUUUGACCCGGGAAGGAGGAAGUAUUCCAGUGACCUUGACGUUUCAGGAAGCUACUGGAAAGAAUGUUAUGUUACUUCCUGUUGGUGCAUGUGAUGAUGGCGCUCAUUCACAGAAUGAAAAAAUUGAUAGAAUAAAUUACAUUAAUGGGAUCAAACUAAUGGGUGCCUAUAUGGAUGAGCUGUCUAAAUUAUAACCUAUUGAUGUAAAUGGUGUCACUAGAUCACACAUUCCUAAAGACCAUCUUCAUUUUUACCACAUAUUUGUAAACGUUUUUGAAAACUGAGUUCUUAAAAAUCAGAAAGAUGUAUUAAAUAUUAAAAAUCAUCUAAAAUAUGUAUUGGUUGGAUUGGUAUUUUUUUUAUUGUACAUAACGAUAUGAUUUAUUAUAAACCAGCCCUGUUAUCUAUUUUAGCAAUAUAUUUAGACAAGAAGAAUAUUUCCGCCAUAUCAAGUAAUUGAAAUUAUACUGUCUCAUACAAUCAUUAAAUAUAUAAACUAUUUUUGUUGUGCAGAUUUAGGUUGUUAUUAUUAAAAGGUUUUAGUAUUGCAAAAUGUUUUAUAGGUUGAUAUUGUUCAUUUGGGAUCUGUUUUAUUUGUUUUUGUUAAACCUAAUGGUGGAUUAAAAUAAUAAAUUAUCAGAAAAAAAUUAUAAAUAACUUGAUGGCUGUUAGAUAUUUUCUGGAUUGUUAGGAAACUUAGAUGUUUAAUGUGAUAGAAAAUAAUUUGUUCAUUUUAAUAUAAAAAUAUUCUUCCUGUCCUUAUUCAGAGCAAGCUAAAAGCACUAUACAAAGGGAUUUUAUGCAAUUUUUGUAGUUUUGUAAUAUGAAUAUUCAUAUUAUUAUAUUCAUCCAUGUUCAUUUAGCAAUGAAAAAAUAAUUUUAUAAAAAGCAUAAUAUAUUAAGAUGAUCAACUUACAUCAUUUAUAUAAUAUUUGUAAAUUAAUAUUUUCAAAAGGUUUGGUAAUUAAAUGACAAUGAAAGAAAUAGUUAUUCUGCUUUUUUUUUUGCUUGUAAGAAUACAUGACCGGGUCCAUAACCCAGAACAAAACAUUUUGACUAGCACAGUUAAUAUGAAUUGUUAUAUCUGUGACCAAACGCUGGAUAUUUCGAUUUUGUUUUCAUAAUUAAAGGAGCUAAAUCGCUAACAUUUGGGACCUAGAAAUUGACAAAAGUGGGUCGCAACGCAUAUAAUACUGUAAUAUGAAUGUAUAUAAACUGAUUUACAUUGAA